GAACUAAUGGCGUCUCCGGAACUUGCUGCCACCUACGCUGCCCUCAUCUUAGCUGACGCUGACACCGAGAUCACGACCGACAACAUUCUUACACUGACUGCCGGUGCGAAUGUCGAGCUCGAGCCCAUUUGGGCUACGCUUCUCGCCAAAGCGCUUGAGGGCAAGAAUGUCAAAGAUCUCCUUUCCACCGUCGGCACUGCAUCUGGUACUGGCCCCGUUGCAGCUGCCAGUGCACCUGUCCAGACGGAGUCGAAGCAGGUUGAGGAAGAGAAACCUGCUAGCGACGCUGGUGAAGACUCAGAUGACGACUUGUUCGGUGGUGGCUUGUUUGAUUAA